CCCUUUCCCUCCCACUCGGGCCGCAGGCUAAGGCCUCCCGAGCCCACUCUCUUCUUUGCCCCAGUUCGGCAGGAGAGCGUCAGCGGCGUGGCCUCGCCUCAGCCCGGGCGGGCGCUGCCACCUAGCGAGGACUCAGGCGGAGAAGCCACCGCCAGCAGCGGGCUCUGCGCGCUGGCGGGGGCGGGGAGCGGCCAGGCCAGGCCACACACGACGCGCCGCCCGCCAAGCCAGCAGCCUGCUGGCGGUAGCGUCCCGCCCUUCCCUCCAACAUGGCGGCCGCCGCGGGGGCUGUGAAGAUUGGGAUUAUUGGUGGAACUGGCCUGGAUGAUCCAGAUAUCUUAGAAGGAAGAACAGAAAAAUAUGUUGAUACUCCUUAUGGCAAGCCAUCAGAUGCUUUGGUACUGGGAAAGAUAAAAAAUGUGGACUGUGUGCUGUUGGCAAGACAUGGAAGACAUCAUACAAUUAUGCCAUCAAAUGUCAAUUACCGUGCCAAUAUCUGGGCAUUAAAAGAAGAAAAUUGUUCACAUGUGUUAGUGACUACUGCUUGUGGUUCCUUACGAGAGGAGAUACAGCCUGGUGAUCUUGUCAUAAUUGACCAGUUCAUUGACAGGACAACUAAAAGAUGUUGUACUUUAUAUGAUGGGCAGCAUUCCAGUCUUCCUGGAGUAUGUCAUAUUCCAAUGGCAGAGCCAUUCUGCACCAAAACCAGAGAGGUUCUUAUUGAGACUGCCAGGAGGCUGGGGCUCCAUUGCCAUUCCAAGGGGACAAUGGUAACAAUUGAGGGCCCACGUUUCAGUUCUCGAGCAGAAAGCUUGAUGUUUCGCAGCUGGGGAGCUGAUGUUAUCAACAUGACCACAGUGCCAGAAGUGAUUCUUGCAAAAGAAGCUGGGAUGAGUUAUGCCAGUAUUGCCAUGGCAACAGAUUAUGACUGCUGGAAGGAACAUGAAGAAGCAGUUUCAGUGGAUAAAGUUUUAAAGAUACUGAAAGAGAAUGCAAAUAAGGCUACUAGCAUACUCCUUGCUGCUAUACCUCAGAUAGGUUCUAUGGAAUGGACCGACACCCUGCACACUCUGAAAACAAUGGCGCAGUGUUCGGUCAUCCUGCCAAAGUAGUAACAGCCUGGACGGACCCUGAAGUCUGGGUACUCACUGUGAAGAGGGGAUCACUUUUGAACUUCCAGAGGACAGAAUGUCUUUGAAAACUCUUAGAAGCAUAAAAGAAUGAAGUAGAUGUUGAACAAUGAUGAUAUAUAAGGCAGCUUUUAUAGUCUUUAUCAUGCUUGAUAGUGCCUCGGCUGGCUAAAGUUAGAUGUUGAGUAUGUUUUAAACUAGGAAUAGCUUUACUGCCAAGCUGGGCCAGAGGCAGAAGAAAGAGGUCAGUAGCUAGUUGUCGUCUCCUUUUCAAUGGUACCUUUCAGUUGGUGGAGGCGAGGUAGCAAUCUGUUGCAGUUCCAUCAAAUAAAAUCUUAGAAAGCAGACUCAUGAAUAGGCUAUUUGCUUUGUUGUUUCUGCCUCCCACCUUUUCCUUUGACAAGGCAAAUGUUUACAGUUCAGUCCAGAAACAUGCAAGAGAAGCGAAACAGUUCCAGAGUAAAUAGAGACUAUUUUUGUACAUUAUGCACAUUUUUAUUUCAGUUAUUUUUGUCCAAAAUCAGUGGGUUUUGUUGGUGUGCUAAUAGACACAGUUUAAUAAUUAUGGUGGUUCUUUCACAGCACCAGUGGUGUUAUGAAUGAUUGUUCUCAUAAAAAAUACUUAGUUCAUGCCUAAACCAAAUAUGUGCCUGAAGAGGUGCUUCUGUGACUUACAGAAUGGGACAGAAAAGUCCUUUGCUGCCAGUGUCCUCAACACUGCUGGCCUUUUGCUGCUUCAUGGGUCUGAACGAACAGGUCUGGGUGGAGUUUCUGUUUUAAGUGGUGAAUGUGUUCAAGUGCUCUGAAUAUAUGCAUUUCAUAUUUUUUUUUAAUACAAUUUAACCAAUAAAAUAAUCUGCUGCUUCUUGUCUAGUCAAUAAAAAGAUGAAACCUAUGCUUCUUCAAA